CUCAAAAAAGGCUGGUAACGAAAAAUCACUCAAAAAGGAAAAUAAAAAAUAUCCCUCUCUUUCUCUAUAUAUAUCUGCUCGUGCGCACACAUGCACAAAGGCUUAGCGGGGGGGACACAGAGAGAGAGAGAGAGCUGAAGCUGCAGAGAUCUGCAAAAGAAGAUUAUGGAGGCUAAUGCAUCAAGCAAGUGGCGUUUCCAGGCGAACCAGGAGCUGAUUGCAGCAUCUUCCCGAUCCUUACGAAACGUCGUCAUCUCUUUGAUGGAUAUUUCACGCAGAGAAGAAAAAAGGCCGCUCAUCCCUCUCGCCCACGGCGACCCUUCCGUAUUCCCCAGCUUCCGAACCACGGUCGCAGCGGAAGACGCCGUCGUCAACGCCAUUAGGUCUGGCGAUUACAAUAACUAUUGCAAAAGCCUCCAUGGUCUUCUUCCGGCAAGAAGGGCACUAGCAGAACACCUAUCGCGAGAUUUGCCAUACAAGCUAUCACCAGACGACGUGUUCCUUACCUCUGGAUGCAAGCAAGCCAUUGAAAUAGUUACAGCAGUGCUAGCUCGCCCUAAUGCCAACAUUUUGCUUCCAAGACCUGGCUACCCUGAUUACGAAGCUUACGCUAUGUUCAACCAUUUGGAGUAUCGCCUGUUUGAUCUUAUACCAGAAAAGGGCUGGGAGGUUGAUCUUGAAGCUGUCCAAGCUCUCGCAGAUGACAAUACCGUGGCUAUGGUCAUCAUUAACCCUGGCAAUCCUUGCGGAAAUGUUUACACUCGCCAGCAUUUGAUGAAGGUGGCAGAGACUGCUAGAAAGAUUGGGAUCAUGGUGAUUUCUGAUGAAGCUUAUGCUUAUCUCAACUUUGGGGCAAAUCCAUUUGUUCCAAUGGGAGCUUUUGCAUCGAUUGCUCCUGUCAUCACACUUGGAUCUAUAUCUAAGAGAUGGCUUGUUCCUGGCUGGAGACUCGGUUGGCUUGUUGCCAAUGAUCCUAAUGGCAUCCUAGCAAAAACUGGGGUUGUCGAAAGUUUAAAAUGUUGCCAAGUCAUGACAUGCGAUGCUGCCACUUUUCUUCAGGGAGCAUUUCCUGAAAUGAUUGAAAAGACAGAGGAGGAAUUCUAUUCUAAGAUUAUUAAGCUCCUAAGAGACACUGCUGACACAUGCUAUGACAAAAUCAAAGAGAUACCUUGCUUGUACUGCCCCUACAAACCAGAGGGAUCAAUGUUUUUGACUGUAAAACUAAACCCAGCACUUUUGGAAGGAAUCGAUGAUGAUAUGGAGUUCUGUGUGAAGCUGGCCAAAGAGGAAUCUGUCAUCGUUUUACCAGGUGUGGUUAUGGGAUUGAAGAACUGGUUACGCAUAACUUUUGCAAUUGAACCUUCAGCACUUGAACAAGGCCUUGAGAGGAUUAGAGUCUUCUGCCAGAGGAAUUCCAAGAAGUGAUUUGGAUCUCAUUCUUUUGCAUUAUCAAUGUAUGAAACAACUUAAUAAAAACCAGCGAUGAACCCGUGCUUUGUACGGGAUGUCAUAAAUAGUGAAGUUGUUAUGUUAAUUAACAAACUUUCUCAUGAUAUUAUAUUUUUUCUGUCCUCAAUAUAUGAUAUUAUAGUCAAUUUCUACAAUAAAA